AUGCAUGAGCAGAAUAUAUCUUAUGUCUUUCUCCUGGGAUUUCCAAAUCUACACAACUUUAAUAUUUUGUUGUUCUUGUUCCUGCUCAUCAUCUACUGUGUCACCAUAUGUGGUAAUGUUAUUAUAUAUUUUUUUGUUUCAAUUAGCAAAAAUCUCCACUCUCCAAUGUAUUUCUUCAUCACACAACUGUCUGUAAUCGACAUUCUGAUGUCAACGAACAUUCUCCCUAACCUGCUUCAUAUUGUCCUGCACGAUGGUGCCUCCAUGUCUCCUGCUGCCUGUUUAUUACAGUUUUAUGUGUUUUCUGACUGUGAGACAUCGGAAUGUCUCAUCCUAACGGUGAUGUCAUAUGACCGAUAUUUGGCCAUCUGUAACCCACUGCGCUAUAACUCUAUAAUCAACAAAACAUUUUGUGUGAAAUCUGUCAUUGCGUCAUGGUUAUUAAGUAUCCUUGUGUUAUUGGGGAAUGAAAUAGAGAUUUAUAAAUUAGACUUCUGUGAACCAAAUGUUAUUGACCAUUUCUUCUGUGACUUACCUCCUAUUCUAGACCUUUCUUGUUCAGAUACAUCACUUAUUCAAAUUCAAGCAUUUUUAGUUGGCAUUAUUGUUGUCAUCUGUCCAUUCAUAAUCAUAAUUGUUUCUUAUGUAAAUAUAAUCACCACCAUCCUAAGCAUCCGCUCCAUCAGCGGGAGACAGAAAGCCUUCUCUACCUGCAGCUCCCACCUAACUGUUGUCUGUAUAUUUUUUGGAACUCUCUUUUCCGUGUAUAUGGUUCCAUCAAAAGGACAAUCAUUGGAGGCCAACAAGGCAUUAUCUCUGUUUUACACUGUGGUGACACCAUUGGUUAAUCCAGUCAUAUACAGCCUGAGGAAUAAAGACUUCAAGGGAGCUUUUGAAAGACUUAAAUAUAAUUUUUACUUAGUGUCAUUUAAUUAA